CAAGCGUCUAUGAAACUGACAGCAAACGCAAGAUGAGGGGAUUUUCUAAACUGCUCGAGGGAAUCGUGAAAUACACGCUUUUCGACAAGAGUCAUACUUUGUUUAAACUGAAAGUUGUUGGCGAACAUCCAAAUCCUCUGUCAUUGAUGUUCAGUUGCAUGGACAGCAGGGUGGUGUCUUCAUCGUUUACCAACAGUGAGAUUGGUGACAACUAUAUUAUCAAAAAUGCUGGCAACUUUGUGCCUUACCCCGAUGAUCUUUUGCAAAUCGCCAACACAACCAGCGCUGCCGGAGCCUUGGAGUUGACCUGUGUAAGACAGAAGAUCCGACAUGUGGUUGUGGCAGGGCAUUCAGAUUGUAAGGCUAUGCGACUUCUUUUUGAACUUCGAAAUGAGAUGGAUAAGAAAACUGGUUCUCCUCUGGAGCUGUGGAUUAAAAAGCAUGGCGCAAAGACUAUAGAAAAGUUUAAUUUCUUGAAUGAAGGGAAUGACUUUAUUGGGCCAGUACCGUACAAACAGGAGACUGAUUCUAAAUUUUUCAGUGUGUUCAUAGAUCCCGAUCAGAAUCACAACUUGGUUGAUAAGCUGUCACAGGUAAACUGCAUUCAGCAACUGGAAAACAUAGCAGCUUAUCCUUUCCUAAAGGAACGUUUAGUGAACAAUGACUUAAUGCUUCACGCACUGUGGUACGACAUUCAUACUGGUAACGUACAUUUGUUGAGUCGACAGCGUCAACGGUUUGUGGAGGUAAACGAGAGAAGUUACUUCGGCCUGAUGCAGGAAGUCGAUGCUGUGUCUGAAGAAAAAAACUAGAAGCCCCGUGUAUUUGGAAUACAGCUCUACUUUGGGUGUUCUUUGGUUUAAGACUUCAUGUUGUGUGCUCUUUCAAGGUCAUUAGUUUUGGACAGUUGUUUUUCUCAGUAUGAUACAUGUUCAUAUGUUUGUGUACAUAUAUGAAUACAUUUUUCUUGCAAUAUUUUAAAUGUCUUUAUGCUCAUUUUAAGAACUGACAGUAAAUUUAUUGCUUGAUAUUGCAUUUUUGUAGCUUCAUUGCCAAAAAGAAGACACUGGCACUGAUAAGGCUUUUGCCCAGACAUAUUGUCUUAAAUUUGUGGGCAAGUGACAGUCCUCAAAAUUAGUCUUUUGGAUGAACAAGCUCAAAUUCAUAUACUACUGCUUGGCAUUAUAUAUAUGAACAAUCCCUGCUGUAUCAAACCCAGAAUUUGAGCAAGCCCGGAAAACAUUAUAUCAGUGCAGGGCUUGUGGGCUUGUGCUGUUUUUGACCACCGAAGUGUAACAUUGAGAGUUUUAACACCGGUUUACACCCCCAGUUAGUAGCUAGUUGUCAAUGGCCUUUCACUGACCAUGCCAAGGUGGUUAUUCAAACAUACUUAUAAUGAUAUGUUGAGGACUUUUUGUUCUCUUAUGUUACAUGUCGCUGGUAUGGUUGGCCUUGAUUCUUGUUCUUUUGUACAGGAUCUUGGUUAAAAUUCAGCCAACUGGUUUAUCAGUAUCUUAAUUUUGUUUUAGAUAUAGUAAGCAACUGCUGCUUAGAUUUACUCUAUUUAUAGUAAGCAUUAAAUGUAUAGCAUUAUCUAACAUGUAUAGUAUCUGUAUAUUUGUCUCUUAUUACAUUGGCUUACUUAUAGUGGUAAUGAAAUUUCUUCGGUACUUCGGAAUAGUUACAACAUAGUGUGUACAGUCAUUACAAUUAAGAAGGGUGGGGAAAGUGAGCUCUUACUCAUUAAAAUGCGACACGAUACUUUCUAACUGACUUAGAUUAUAAUGUGUUUUCAGCAAGCAGGGUCCAAAAUGUGAUGUCAUGUCGAUUAAAUAGUAAAAAUGGAAUACUAAAGGAUGAAGCUGUUACUUAUUGGAGGCUGAUGGGGGAUCUCAUUUGGCUUUAAAUGUUGGGUUAUAAUCUGAUUUAACUUUAUAAUGCACCAUCUGUGAUUAGUUUGGUUUUGACUAUGUUAAUUUGAUUUGUGUAUGUAUGUGUAAAUCCUCAUGCCUUCAUAAACUUGGCCCCAAUUUCUCAAAAAUGUUAAGGAUUUAAUGCUGAAGUAUCAUUUCAUUUAGCCAAAUUAAUUAAUUAAACUUUUUUUACAACACAAAAAAUUAUUCAUCAUGAUAAUCUUGACUAAUAAUUUCAUUUUAUACUGUCUAAACUGAGUAAAAGGAGAAUAUUAUUGUGCAUUAAAAAAAC